AUGGAGAACCACACGUACCCUAACCACGUUCUCCUCCUGGAGGGGUUAAAGGUCACACAACAGUCCUCGUACCCUGCCUUCAUCCUCUUCCUCAUUAUCUACAUCUUCACAAUGGUGGCCAACAUCGGACUCAUAGUAUUGAUCUCCAUGGAGAGGAGCCUGCACCAGCCCAUGUACAUUCUCCUCUGCAACCUGCCUCUUAAUGACAUAGUCGGGGCUACAGCGUUGAUACCUCGUCUGUUAUGGGACAUUUUGACCACAGCUCCUGAGCGAUAUAUCACUUACAUAGAGUGUGUCAUUCAGGCUUUCUAUACUCAUGUUUAUGCUACGACAUCACACACCGUUCUCAUGAUCAUGGCCUUUGACAGGUAUGUGGCCAUCUGCAACCCCCUGCGGUACGCUACCAUCAUGACAAACAAAAUGGUUAUCAGGCUGUCUGUGUCUGCCUGGGGGGUGGCCAUAGUCUUAGUGGGGAUUCUGCUGGGCCUCACCAUCCGCCUGUCACGCUGCAGGUCUAACAUAUUUAACCCUUACUGUGACAACGCCUCCUUAUUCAAGCUCUCCUGUGAGAGCGUGCUUAUAAAUAACAUAUAUGGCUUAAUCUUUACUGUUGUGCUGUUUGUCUCGUCCAUAGGCAGCAUCAGUCUCACCUAUCUCAAGAUCGCCAUUGUGUGUCUGAGCAGUAAAAACAGCUCUUUAAACAGCAAGGCCCUGACAACCUGCAGCACACACUUACUGGUCUACCUCAUCGUGCUGGGAUGUGGGUUUACCAUUAUCGUCCUCCACCGCUUCCCAGCCUUUGCAGACCUGCGUAAAGUGAGCAGUGUUCUGGGUAGUGUGGUCCCUACUUGUCUCAACCCCAUAAUAUAUGGUUUACAGACUAAAGAGAUUAAACAGAGGAUCUUUAGAGUGUUUCACAGAGCCAAGGUGUCCACAUGAUGUGUUAAAUCAGACAGGAAAAUAUAUGAUAUAUCAUAUGAUGAGAACUGUGUGUGGCAUUCAUGAAACAAGGGUGGGGUGUCUUCUCAGCCACCACCUGAGGGACCAGUUCUCUUGAAUUGGAUGCUAAAAUUAAUUGAAAACCAUGAUUUCUACGGUGAUAUUCCACAUUAAAAAUA